CCCUCAUUUUCAUUCACUUUUAUUUUGUGUUUGAAAGUGUUUUCUUUUCAACUUGUUUUCUAUUGUGUUGGACUGUGGAUGUUUUGAACGUUACUUUCUGAGUUUAAUUCCACUCACUUCAGGAAUAACCUCGACUGUUACGUUGCAUCAAGAGGAUUCUUUUGUGAAAGACACAGACUUCUCUUCAACAAAGCCAAGGUUGGGCUGAUUUCAAACUCUCCUUAUUCUGUAUUCCAGUGGAUUUCUAGAUCACGAAAGAAGCUGAAGGCGGAUUUUAAGUGAAACCUAAAAGUUGUAUGAGGAAAAGAUCACCUGAUUCCAGCAAAUAUGGAAGGAAAACUCACUUGUGACCAGUGUGGGAAGACUUACACCCACAAGCAUUACUUUAAAACACACCUACGCAUCCACAGUGGAGAAAGACCAUAUGAGUGUGACCUGUGUGGGAAGACUUUCAUCAGAAAGGCGGUGCUCCAAAUUCACCUACGCAUCCACAGUGGAGAAAGACCAUAUGACUGUAAACAGUGUGGGAAGACUUUCACCCAGAGGAGUAACCUUACGACACACCUACGCAUCCACAGUGGAGAAAGACCAUAUGACUGUGAACAGUGUGGGAAGACUUUCACCAGAAUGAGUGGGCUGAAGAAACACCUAUGCAUCCACACUGGAGAAAGACCAUAUGACUGUGACCAGUGUGGGAAGACUUUUACCACAGCAAGUCACUUAAAAAGGCACCAACGCAUCCACACUAAAGAAAGACCGUAUGACUGUGACCAGUGUGGAAAGACUUUUGCCACAAAGGGUGGGCUCAAGGAACACCUACGCAUCCACACUGGAGAAAAACCAUAUGAUUGUGACAAGUGUGGGAAAACUUUCACCACAAUGGGUGGGCUGAAACAACACCUAACCAGCCACAGUGGAGAAAGACCAUAUCACUGUGACCAGUGUGGGAAGACAUUCACUUGUUCAAGUAAUCUAAUAAGGCACCGACGCAUUCACACUGGAGACAGACCAUAUGACUGUGACCAGUGUGGGAAGACUUUUACCACAGCAAGUGACUUAAAAGUGCACCUCCGGAUUCACACUGGUGAAAGACCAUAUGAUUGUGACCAGUGUGGGAAAACUUUCAACACAGCAGGUGACUUAAAUAGACACCAGCGUAUCCACACUGGAGAAAGACCAUAUCACUGUGACCAGUGUGGGAAGACUUUCAUCACAGCAGGUGACUUAAAAAAACAUCUACCCAUCCACUCUGAAAAAAGACCAUAUUUCUGUAACCAGUGUCAGAAGACUUUUCUCACACCAAGUUACUUAAAAAAACAUCAACACAUCCACACAGGAGAAAGACCAUAUGACUGUGAGCAGUGUGGGAAGACUUAUAUCACAGCAUGUGACUUAAAAAAACACCAACGCAGCCACACUGGAGAAAGACCAUAUGAAUGCAACCAGUGUGAGAAGACUUUUAUCAGAGCAAGUGACUUAAAAAAACACCAAUGCAUCCACACUGGAGAAAGACCAUAUGACUGUGACCAGUGUGGAAAGGCUUUCACUUUGGCUUGGAAGUUAAAAAGGCACAAACACAUUCACACUGGAGAAAAACCAUAUGACUGUGACCAGUGUGGAAAGAUGUUCACUAGAAUGAGUGGGCUUAAAGUCCACAAACGCAUCCACACUGGAGAAAGACCAUAUGAGUGUGACCAGUGUGGAAAGACUUUCACUUCGACUAGUAAGUUAAAAAGGCACCAACGCAUCCACACUGGAGAAAGACGAUAUGACUGUGACCAGUGUGGGAAGACUUACAAAUUCCUGUCUGCUUUAAGUACUCACCGCCGUGUUCACCCCUCAAAGUUGAUAUGUGAAUCAUCAAUGUCUGGACCAAACAGUACCUCAGCAUCAGAUGAGAAGAAGAAAACCAGUGUAUCUGAACCAGCAGCACCGACUUCUUCUGACAAGGACAUCAGACUUCAAAACCUCCAGAUCAGGCUUCACAGGAUCCAGAUGUGA